AUGGAUACUGAUAAAUCGACUAAGAGCGAUGAGCUUACGAGAAAUGAUGAUAGAGGAAAUAGGGAAAGUCAAGCGAACGAGAAUAUCGAAUUAUUUAGACUGUCACUCAGAUCACUAUCAAAUAUCACGCUUAUCCUUCCUCUGUCUGGACUUUUCAUUUGUUUUGUGACUGGAUAUAUUUUUCAAGCUGAAGAAAUUCAUGAAACUCAUUGCCGAGUCUAUAACAUAAUACCAUCGAUUUCCUCAAUUACCGGCAUACGCCCACAAAUUUAUCUGUGGCGUUCGAUCAUCGCCUUACAUCUUACUCCGCGAUUAGUUAUAGCAUAUGUGCAUAGAAAUUAUUUAACGCGCCAUGUCUUGAUCAAGAUACAAGGUCAAAGUCAAUAUGCACAAGCUGCUCGACUAGCAUCAAUUGUGCAUUAUUUGAAUUUGAUUGAAAUUGCUUCUCUAGCAGGUGUCACUUAUGUCUCAAACAAAGAAAAUUAUCCAAUUCACGAGAAAAUUUUCGUCACGUUCAUGGUAACGUCGCUUACUUAUAUGCUAGUCUCAUUGAGAUUAUUGGGAGUACUUCAACCGAAUGGUCCUACAAAUGAUCAGGAAAGACGCUCAUUACGUUAUAAGAGAAGCUUUUUUGCGCUGUCAAUUGCAAGCACAAUUGGACUUAUCGUCUUCUUUUUAAAACAUCGCCUCUUAUGUCAUGAUUUAGCUUUUAGUUGGUUCGCAUUCUGUGAGUAUGUUGUAGCAAUAUCAAAUAUGGGAUUUCAUUGUACCACAACACUGAUCGACUUUCCACCGCUCGAUCUCGUUGUUAAGAGUGUCAAUGGACAUGUGCUGGUUGAAAAUGAACAGCAUAAUAAUGUAACGACGACCGAGAAUGAGAAGAAAAAUGACUAA